AUGGCCGAAGGGAUUGACACAUUGCAAUACCUGUAUUCGCGUUCGGGGAGGUCGUUUUCCGACGGCCCUUCUUCGAACGAAGCAGGUGGGUCUCGUCGUACUGCUCGACGAGACCAAGGACACCAACAAUCAGCUGGGCACGAGGCUCCCAGAUGUCCAACGCCGGUGGAUAGCCACACCAGCGGACGAGGUAACUCGUCCGGACGCCAUUCACGUCGCGGUGGUUCAAAGUACGCUCCACAAGAAGGCGUCGACCACCACCGGAGUCCACCAAAGGAUGUGGCGGUGGCGGGAACACAUAUUCUGGCUCGAGGGCUGGAUUAUCUUGAUUUCCAGGAGCUGAACUGUGUAAAGGAACAGCUGCAAGAUGACCUGUCUCAUGAACGGACUUGGCGCUAUGAGCUCCAUGAUCUUGUAAAGGAUAAUUACAAUUUCUUAGCGCACAAUCGUUCGAACGAUCGUGUCGCGUUUUCUUUCGCGCAACUUGCUAACGAACUUUCGAUUCGUUUUCUUCAUGAAGAGCUGACUGCAGCUCGGCAGGACAUUGCUGAAUGCGUGAGCAUGUCGCUUUGGUGUUCGACCAGACUGGCUUGUUGA